UUGCUUGCUAACUUCACUAUGAUAUGCAGUGUUUGUGGACGUAUAAAGUGUGCUAAAGUGGAGAGGAUUUCGUGGAAGAUUGCUCAAUAAUAAUGUUUGACGAUCUUUCACUUUCGAUUUUGUAGUGCCCUCUGUAACAAGAAUUUUUUAACCAAUAAAAAACGGCAGUCUAAUGUUUUGCAAUGGUAAACAGGUCUAUUUUUAUAGUCUGACGUAUAUUGACGUCACGAGGCUUUGCAAUAUAGGAGCAUUUUUAGUUGGAAAUAUUCCACGGCUGAAAAAAAUCAUGAAAUCUGUUUCUGUUAUCGUGGCUUUUUAUGUUUUGUCUUCUUGUGUUCCAGUUGCUGGUCAGAGCACGAAAGGAAACAACUACACUGGAAUGUGUGCUCCAGUUUUAAGAUUGCAAGUUGCCAAGUUCCCGAUUAAAGUCGGAGAUAAUGUUACCAUCAUUUGUCGUGUUUGUGGACGCAAGAAUAUCUUUUGGUUUAAAGACAACGAGAGAUUUGGAGAGACGAAACGCGUGAAGUGGAUCAAUACGAAAAAAGUCUCCACAAAUCCGUAUGUGGUAGAAGGACGAUUGUGGAUUAAGAGGGUAAAGAAGAGAGAUCGCGGUGUUUUCACUUGUUACGCUUUAGAUUUCUUUACAAACAUUGCGGAAAAAGCCAUAUUAACUUGGCUGUGAAAGGAAAGAACUCCGGUGCAAAGUCCCAGGCGUAAAGAUUUAAAAAGAUACGGUUUAUUGGGUCAGUUAUACACUUAAAUACUGACAUAAUCAUGUUGUAAGUUUGUUUUAACUUCGAGUGGGAGAAUUUUCGAUGCUUAAUUUAGUCUUUGUAAAAAUAGUCUUAGACUGUGUAACAAUAAUUAUGGAUUUUUCAUUUUUUGCACUCUUUCAAAA